CCGAUGUGAACCGAGCUGAAAGCCGCCGCCAACCACCAUGUCUCGCCGCAAGCAAGGCAAACCCCAGCACUUAAGCAAACGGGAUUUUUCGCCCGAGCCCCUGUCGUCCGUGGUCUCGGAGGAAAGGCAGGAACAGCACGGGCUGGUACAGGUCUCUCCGGAAGGGGACCAGGACCUGCUUACCUGCGGCCAGUGUCAGAUGAACUUCCCUUUGGGGGAUAUCCUCAUUUUUAUUGAGCACAAAAGGAAGCAAUGCAAUGGCACCAUGUGCAUGGACAAGACAGUGGAUAAGCCACCUUCUCCCUCGCAUGGCGAGCUGAGGAGAGCAUCCAAUCCUGUGGAGGUGGGCGUCCAGGUCACGCCGGAGGACGACGAUUGCUUGUCAACGUCUUCUCGAGGAAUCUGUCCCAAACAGGAAAACAUAACAGGUAAAGAUGAGCCCAGCAGCUACACCUGUACAACCUGCAAGCAACCAUUCAACAGCGCCUGGUUCCUGCUGCAGCAUGCCCAGAACACUCAUGGCUUCCGCAUCUACCUGGAGAGUGAACGUGGGAGUCCCCUCACACCUCGAGUUGGUGCCCCUUCUGGGAUGGGUGCCGAUCAUGCCUCCCAACCUCCCUUACAUGGCAUUCACCUGCCUGAAGGCAGCCCCUUCAACUUGCUCCGGAUUCCCAACUCUGGACGUGAUGGUCCCCCUCUCCGGGAGGGGCGUUUUCCGCCUACCCCUCCACUCUUUAGCCCACCACCCCGCCAUCACCUGGACCCCCAUCGCAUGGAGCACCUGAGCCCAGAGGAGUUGGCCCUUGCCACCCACCACCCGAGUGCCUUUGACAGGGUGCUGCGCCUCAACCCCAUGCCCCUGGAUCCCCCUGCUAUGGACUUUUCUCGCAGGCUCAGAGAGCUGGCUGGCAACACCUCAGGGUCAACUCCCCCCCACUCACCCAACCGGCCCAGCCCCAUGCAAAGGCUUCUGCAACCAUUCCAAUCAGGAUCCAAGCCACCGUUCCUGUCCACCCCUCCACUUCCAUCCAUGCAGUCCCCCUCUGGCUCCCAAUCUACUCCAACACCACUGCCCCAACAGCCAAACACACCCAUGAAGACCAAGGCAUGUGAAUUCUGUGGGAAAACCUUCAAGUUCCAGAGUAAUCUUAUUGUGCAUCGGCGCAGCCACACAGGCGAGAAACCCUAUAAGUGCCACCUCUGUGACCAUGCUUGCACCCAGGCCAGCAAACUGAAACGGCACAUGAAGACACACAUGCAGAAAACCUCACCCACAACAGUCAAAUCUGAUGAUGGCCUCUCCACAGCAAGCUCCCCUGAACCUGGGACUAGUGAACUAGUGGGGAGUGCCAGUAAUGCCCUCAAGUCUGUGGUAGCCAAGUUCAAAAGUGAGAAUGACCGCUUGAUUCCAGAGAAUGGAGAGGAAGAAGAGGAAGAGGAAGAAGAAGAAGAGGAGGAGGAAGAGGAAGAGGAGGAGGAAGAAGGAGAGGAAGAAGAGGAGCUGGAACGAGAAGGGACUCGUAACAACUUUCAUUUCGGCUUGAACCUGGAAGCCACAAGACACCAUGAAAACAAUGGUGGACGCCUAGGUUUGGCUGAGGAUGGAAUCCCACGCUCUUUACCUGAAGUGAUGCAGGGCAUGGGCCUGGCAGCCAGCAUGCAACACUACAGUGAGGCCUUCCACCAACAUAAACGAGGAGUGCUCAACUCUGACAGCAAUGCUCACAGAGACAUCUGUGAUGAGGACUCAGCAAUGGAGUCAGACCGUGUGCAGGAAGGUUCAACUAUCAAUGGCAGGGGCUCAUCUCCCAAUGAGUCGGCCUCUGUGGGCCUGUCCAAGAAGCUCCUGUUGGGCAGCCCCAGUUCCCUCAGCCCUCUUUCAAAACGCAUCAAGCUGGAGAAGGACUUCGACCUUCCCACGCCAACCAUCCCCAACACUGAGAAUGUUUAUUCCCAGUGGUUGGCUGGCUAUGCUGCUUCACGGCAGCUCAAGGACCCCUUUUUGAAUUUUGGGGAUUCCAGACAAUCGCCUUUUGCCUCAUCUUCAGAGCACUCCUCAGAGAAUGGCAGUCUGCGCUUCUCUACACCCCCAGGAGAACUUGACGGCGGUGUCUCUGGCCGCAGUGGUACAGGUAGUGGGGGAAGCACGCCGCACCUAGGUCCCGGUCGGCCUAGCUCAAAAGAUGGCAGACGUAGUGAUACUUGUGAAUUCUGUGGCAAAGUGUUUAAAAACUGCAGCAACCUGACAGUGCAUCGGCGUAGUCACACAGGUGAGCGACCCUACAAGUGUGAACUCUGCAACUAUGCCUGUGCCCAAAGCAGCAAGCUUACACGGCACAUGAAAACACAUGGGCAGGUGGGAAAGGACGUUUACAAAUGUGAAAUUUGUCAGAUGCCUUUCAGUGUGUACAGCACCCUGGAGAAACACAUGAAAAAAUGGCACAGUGAUCGCGCCUUGAACAACGAAAUUAAAACUGAAUAGUGAUGGUGAGCGGAGGCACACUUGCAGCAAACCUCCUCAAAUCCCACCCUUGUAGAUUUUCCCUGUUUGGCUAGUCCAGUGGAAGCUAAGACAACGUGCUUGGCACCACCAGCACACCCUUCUUCAUUUACCGUUGAAUGCAUGUUCUGUAUCGGGGCAAUACUAUUGCAUUGACGCAAACUUCGAGCCUUUCUCUUGUGCAAUAAUUUACAUGUUGUGUAUUUUUUCUUUUACUUUCCCUUUUUUGAUAAUUAGACAGCAUGCAUGAUAUGUUUUGG